CGGUGUCUCUCGGCUGGGUGCGGGGCAGAGUGCGAGUGGUGGCGCGAGGGUCGAGGAGGCGGAAUGUCGUCGGGAGUGGCAGCCCGCCGCGACGCCAAGAAGCUGGUGCGCUCCCCCAGCGGCCUGCGCAUGGUGCCGGAGCACCGCGCCUUCGGAAGCCCGUUCGGCCUGGAGGAGCCGCAGUGGGUCCCGGACAAGGAGUGUCCAAGAUGUAUGCAAUGUGAUGCCAAGUUUGACUUUAUCACCAGAAAGCACCACUGUCGCCGAUGUGGGAAGUGCUUCUGUGAUAGGUGCUGCAGCCAGAAGGUGCCACUUAGGCGCAUGUGCUUCGUGGACCCUGUGCGGCAGUGUGCGGAGUGUGCCCUGGUGUCCCACCGGGAAGCUGAGUUCUAUGACAAGCAACUCAAGGUGCUUCUGAGUGGAGCCACCUUCCUCGUAACUUUUGGCAACUCAGAGAAAUCUGAAACCGUGGUUUGUCGUCUUUCCAACAACCAGAGAUGUUUGAUCCUAGACGGGGACAACCGCCAUGAAAUUGAAGUUGCACACAUCUCCACUGUGCAGAUUCUCACAGAAGGCUUCACUCCUGGAGUAGAAAAAGACACUUACACUCACACCAGCCUCCUGGGGAUCCAGCCCACCUUGGAAGCAGGUAGUGCUCGGGCCACAGGCAUGUUCUUGCAGUACACAGUGCCAGGGGUGGAGGGUGUGACCCAGCUGAGGCUGAUGGCUGGAGAGGAUGCAAAUGCCAGCAGGAGGCAGGCGGCAGCAUGGCUGGCAGCCAUGCACAAGGUACCUUGGGCUGCCAAGCUCCUCUACGAAUCUCGGGACCAGUAACUCCACAUGUGCGCUGAGCUCACAGUGCAUCUGGUUACCAAGACUGAGCUGCUUGCCCCUGCCUGAACACCCCAGGGCCUCAUCCUACUUGUGCUGGAAAAUGUAUCUGGACGAGCGAAGUGUUCACUUACAUAGUGCAAUAUGUACACAGAUUAACGCUUUCAACAGCUUCACAUUUUAAAAGUUUGUAUAUUAUUUUACUUUUAAAAAAGUUUGUCUAUUAACUUACUGGCAAUGGAAGAAGCUGAAAUCCACUACUGCUAAGCCAUUUUUAGUAUAAUCUGUAUACCAUGUUUUUAUGAGUUCCCAAGUUUAUCAGAAGGCUUUGGCCCAUAAGUGUUCAUUUCAUUAAUUAUUCCACAGAAGCAAAUUGGGUGGUGGUAAUUCAGGCCUCUGAUUUGCAUUGCAGCUUGCCUGUCUUCAAUAGUCAGUUUACAGCAUUUGCCUUAGCCUGUUUACACUGUUUAUUAACUUUGUCGCUAACUUGGGGCAAUGAACAAUUCUUUGAUACUUCACUAAGUGGAAGGCACCAGUUUUGUGUGUUCUACUUUUCACUAACUUUCACUUUAUUAAAAUGACUGUACAGCAAUUUGUAUAUAAAGCAUAUGAUUAAAACCUAUU